AUGGAUUUAGAAGGUUCUGAUCUUGUUGCAACAUGGAAUGUACCAAUGUCAAAAAAAGUUUACAAGGUAGAAUUUGAACAUGGAACAACAACAGGUAGAAGAGUAGUUAGAAUUGAUGGUGAAGUAAUUAUUAAUAAAAAUUGGCAAUUUAAAUUAGUUGGAAAAGAAACUUUUCGCCUCGAAAAUGCUGUAUGUUCAAUAUCAAUAGAAGCUUUAGGAAUAUUUUCAUAUGAAUAUUCCCUUGAAGUAGCAGGAAAGACAUUUGAAAAAUUUCAGGAACAACAAAAAAAAUCUCUAGUAACAUGGUAUGCUUAUAUUCUUGGUAUACCGGCAAGAAUUUGCCUAGAUAAAGAUAGUAUGGAAGUUUGGAUAAAUGGAAAAAAAAUUGAGACUGCUGGUGAGUUUGUUGAUGAUGGAACUGAAACUCAUUUUGUUUUUAACAAUACUGAAUGUUACAUAAAAAACUGUUCUAGUGGUAAAAAAAAGAUUGGUGUUAUACAUAAAUUAUUUAUAAAUGGAAAAGAAAUUAAUGAAGAUGAAAAAAUUGAUGAAGUUUGUAAUUCAUAA